CUGAGUCACUGCCAUACCUGUGUCGUCUUCUCAAAACACCCAAGAUGGCAGCGCUGAGGGCGAGCGGCGUGAGGACGGCGGCCGCGGCUCUCCUGAAGCCCCGCUCGGGCGUGGAGCAGGCCCUGCCGGCCUUGGGCUAUCACGAGAAGGUUGUAGAUCACUAUGAGAACCCUAGAAAUGUAGGUUCUCUGGACAAGACUGCCAAAAAUGUUGGGACUGGCCUUGUGGGAGCGCCAGCUUGUGGCGAUGUCAUGAAACUGCAAGUUGAAGUGGAUGAAGAAGGAAAAAUUGUCGAUGCCCGGUUUAAGACGUUUGGCUGUGGGUCAGCGAUUGCUUCGAGUUCCUUGGCUACUGAAUGGGUGAAAGGGAAGACGGUUGAUGAAGCCUUGAAGAUCAGAAACACAGACAUUGCUAAAGAACUCUGCCUUCCUCCAGUCAAGCUUCAUUGCUCCAUGCUGGCAGAAGAUGCCAUCAAGGCGGCCUUAGCGGAUUACAAGCUGAAACAAGACCCAAAGGGCGGUGAGGCAGGGAAGGAUGCAGCCAGCGGGUAGCAGGAAUCCCUCCUGGCAAAGCUGUGGCCCUCUCUCGCUCCCGUUUUAAUUUACUGGGCAUUUACAGUAGGAAGCCAGUCCACCUGCCUCUAGCGAAUUGCAGGACAGGGGAGAGAGGAGAGCGUACCCUCAUACGCACAAUGUACUACAACCACCGGGCAGGGUAAGAGCAGUGGGCCAUCACCUUGCACUUUGGGGCCCUGGCCGCCCGCUGUUCCUUAUCACCACGUACCUCUGAAAAUAAAACCUCCUUGUGAUUUCAGCAUUUGACUCUCUCUGAUCUUUAGUAAAAAAAAAAAGAGAGUCAUCUCAGGCCUUAGUGUGAAUGUUGAAUAAAUAGGUAGAGAGGUGGGCUUUUGUUGCCUAAAUGUUUGAGAAGGGAAAGGCUUUCCCUGUGGAAAUCAGGUUGCCUGGGAGAGAUGAUUACCUGCAGGUGCCGGUGUGAGGGGGGGAGGGGUCGAAGAAAACACUGUGUGGGGUUGCAAGGUAGAAAGACAGCGGGGGGACCCCUGGCUCAAUUCAGUUCGGCAGUACCCUGUUCUCCUUGCCUAACAUAAAGGAGGCAGCCUGCGCAAAGCACUUGGCCCAGAGGGGAAAGAAAGCCCGGGCCACCUCUUCCACCAUCCAUGCUUUUGUUGUAUUGGUUUUGCCUUGGUCAGGCUGUUUAUGCACAAAAGACAGACUUAUGUACAAAAUAUGCUAUAUUAUUGUAUGCCUAAAUAAUACAUGUCUGUUCUCUAA